CACUUACAUACGGAUUGCGACUACGAGAUCUCGAUUUGUCAGCUUGAUCAAGCCUUGAAGAGGAGGAAAUCGACAGCUGCUAUCUCUUGAUAACUAAAUCUUGAAACUGAAAAGUGAAAAUGAAUAAUGGCAGAGCUUAGAAUAUGCGUUAGUACAUGGAAUGUGGCAACCCAGGAGCCACCUCCCAUUGAUGCGUUCAAGGAUAUAAUAUGGAUACAGACUCAGAAUGCUCCCGACAUGUACAUCUGGGGGUUGCAGGAAGUUAGCUCUAAGCCUCAUGAGUUUAUACAGAGUGCCUUCUCAGAUGAUCCCUGGACGGAGGUCAUCUCAAGCAUUGUGUGCCCAAAGGGUUAUGUCAUGAUCAAUUCUGUGAGGCUUCAGGGUCUUGUCAUACUGCUGUAUGUUAGGAUGCUACACCUGCCUUUCAUCCAUAAUGUACAAACAGCACUCACAAGGACUGGACUAGGAGGAGUUUGGGGCAAUAAAGGUGCAGUCACCAUUCGUUUUGACUGCUAUGGCCGGAGUAUAUGUCUUCUGAACGUACAUUUAUCACCUCACCAAGAUGGUUGGGAGAAGAGGGAUAAGGAGUUCCAAACCAUUGUCUCUACUCAAGAAUUUCCACAGUGCAAUCCAACCACUAUCCUAGAUCAUGACUAUGUUUUGUGGUUUGGUGAUCUGAACUACCGGAUAGAAGACCUUUCAACAGAGGCGAUUAAAUUCCUGGCAGCUCCAAAGAAACUUCACGUCCUACUGGAGAAAGAUCAGCUCCUGAACAGCAUGAGGAAAAAGAAAGCAUUCAGCGGAUUCCAUGAAGGGCUUAUCACAUUCAUGCCCACGUAUAAAUUUGAUCUGAAAUCAAAUGAAUAUGAUACUAGUCCCAAGCAAAGAUCACCUGCCUGGACGGAUAGGAUCUUAUGGAAGGUCAACCUACGUGCCAGCAUAGAUCAGAAUUACCUGAGUAUAACACAAACCUCCUACACUUCCCAUUUGGAUAUACUCUGGAGUGACCAUCGACCUGUCAGUGCGGAGUUUCUUGCCAAGAUAACAAUAGAAGAUGCGCAGCCUUUAGUAUCAUUCACACCCAUUGAAUCUUGGAGUAGAGGGCAAGAUGCAGAGUGUUCUUAUACAGUUCUUCCUGACACCAAAACAAGUAAUUGGGACUGGGUUGGACUCUACAAGGUUGGUUUCAACACUGCACAGAAACAUUACAUCACCUACGUAUGGGCUGAUUCUAACGGAGAGACUGAUACAGGCGUUGGUCGAGUUAAGUUUGGUGCCGGCUACCUUCCUGAGGAUACAUGUAGUAAAUAUGUUCUCUGCUAUGUGAGUCGUACUAUGAGCUGUGUGCUGGGAGUCAGUAAUGUCUUCAGGGUGAGUUUCAAAUUUCAACGUUACUGACUUAGUGUAAAGUAUAUCACAGGCAAUCAUGUAUACAGUCAAACCUGCCUUAGUACCAUAGCCACCUUCAUAUAAAGACCACAUACUUAAAUUUGUGAAGACUACAAGAUUUCCAAAAGAACGUCACAAUAUCAACUGACAGACG